AAGAGGAUAACUGCGCCUGCUCUUAGUAAAACCUUCACAAAGCCAAAAAUCCUGAUUCUACUCUCCAAUCCUCUUCCGACAGAGAGAGUGAGAGAGAGCAGAGCUACACUUGUUUCUCUUCUUCUCGUCCUCCUCCUCCAAUUCGGCAGAUCCACUGGGUCGGAGUUUGUAGAUUGUUGAAAAAAAAAUGGAUCAACAGGUGUUGAUUGCUCUUGCUCUGUCCAUGCUUGGAGGAUUGAGUACUUCCUUAGGUGCGCUUGUUGUGAUUCUUAAUGAUGCUCCCAAUUUGAAGAUGCUUGGGCUUUUACAAGGGUUUGCUGCUGGUCUUAUGCUGAGUAUUUCGUUUCUUGAUUUGGCGCAUAAUGCGAUAAAUUCGAUCGGUUUCUUGAAAGGGAAUGUUUGGUUUUUCGGAGGUGUUAUCUUCUUUGCGAUUGUUUCUAGUUUUAUUCCUGAACCUACUCUUGCUCCGGCUGUGGAUGGUAAGAGCAAAAAGAAGAGUGGUGAUGCAGGGGGUAAAGAUAUGUUGAACAAACAUCGCCGACAAGUUCUGUUCAGUGGGAUUAUUACUGCGAUUGGUAUAAGCUUGCAUAAUUUCCCUGAAGGAAUGGCGGUCUUCCUUGGAUCAAUGAAGGGACUUCGAGUUGGUAUUAACUUGGCUUUCGCUAUUGCUUUGCAUAACAUUCCUGAGGGUGUUGCUGUUGCACUCCCUGUCUAUUUUGCAACACAGAGCAAAUGGCAAGCAUUCAAGCUGGCAACGCUUUCUGGUCUUGCCGAGCCCCUUGGUGUGAUAAUUGUGGCUUAUCUAUUCCCAAGCAGUCUAAACCCUGAAAUUCUCGAGGGAUUGCUAGGAGGAGUUGGAGGAGUGAUGGCUUUUCUGACACUACAUGAAAUGCUUCCCUUAGCGUUCGGUUAUGCAGGUCCAAAGCAAGCUGUCAAGGCUGUGUUUCUGGGAAUGGCUUUUAUGUCUGCAAGCCUUUAUUUCCUUGAGAUCAGCUUGCCCAAGGAUAUAAGCUUGUAAAGAUGCACAGAAUCUUCGUUGACUGAUUAGCACUCAACUGACUAAAGUUAAUUAUGAGCCAUACACAUGUAUAUCUCAUUCUGCGUACUGCUGUUAUCUGAAUUGAUAUUAUAAAAUUUUAAGGCUAUAAUAGGCUUGUAAAUUCGGCUGCAGUUCUCUUUAGAUUGCUUCAGUAUUUCCGUUCAUCCUGUAAAUUUGUUAAAACUACUUUUAAGCUCUGAAAUUUGGAUUUUGCACUUUCGCAUGAUUUA